AUGCCGCGGCCGGGGAAGAGCUCCUACAGCGACCAGAAGCCGCCCUACUCGUACAUCUCGCUGACCGCCAUGGCCAUCCAGCACUCGGCCGAGAAGAUGCUGCCGCUCAGCGACAUCUACAAGUUCAUCAUGGAGCGCUUCCCCUACUACCGCGAGCACACGCAGCGCUGGCAGAACAGCCUGCGCCACAACCUCUCCUUCAACGACUGCUUCAUCAAGAUCCCCAGGCGGCCCGACCAGCCGGGCAAGGGCAGCUUCUGGGCGCUGCACCCGGACUGCGGGGACAUGUUCGAGAACGGCAGCUUCCUGCGGCGCCGCAAGCGCUUCAAGGUGGCGCGCGCCGAGCAUGCUCACCUGCACGCGGGCGGCGCCAAGGGCCCGCUGCCCCCGCACCACGCCGGGCACCCGGGCCACCACCACCACCACCACCAUCACCCCCACCCCCACCACCACCACGCCGGGCACCACCACCACCACCACCCCCCGCCGCCGCCGCCGCCCCACGUGGGACCCUACUUCCAGCCGCCGCCGCCACCGCCGCCGCCGCACGUCCCGUCGCAGCCGGCGCCCCCGCAGCCCCCGCCGCCCCCUCCGCCGCCCUCGCACCCCGGCAAGAUGCAGGAGGCGGCGGCCGUGGCGGCGGCGGCGGCGGCGGCGGCGGCGGCCGCGGUGGGCAGCGUGGGGCGCCUGUCGCAGUUCCCCCCCUACGGGCUGGGCCCGGCCGCCGCCGCCGCCGCCGCCGCCGCCGCCGCCGCCGCCUCCGCCUCUUCGUCCGCGUCGGGCUUCAAGCACCCGUUCGCCAUCGAGAACAUCAUCGGGAGGGACUACAAGGGGGUGCUGCAGGCGGGGGGGCUGCCCCUGGCCUCCGUCAUGCACCACCUGGGCUACCCGGUGCCCGGCCAGCUCGGCAACGUCGUGGGCUCCGUGUGGCCCCACGUGGGCGUGAUGGACUCGGUGGCCGCCGCGGCCGCGGCCGCCGCCGCCGCCGGGGUCCCCGUGGGCCCCGAGUACGGGCCGUUCGGGGUGCCCGUCAAGGCCCUGUGCCACUCGGCCGCCCAGGGCCUGCCGGCCGUGCCCGUGCCCAUCAAGCCCACGCCCGCGCUGCCGCCCGUGGCCGCGCUGCCCCCCGCGCUGGCGGGCCCCGCCGCCGCCCAGCAGCCGCCCGCCGCCGCCGCCGGGUGCGGGGCCGCCGCCGCCGCCUCCUCCUCCUCCUCCUCGCCCGCGGCCCCGCUCCUGGAGCCCGCCGCGGCCAGCGCCGACGGCAAGCCGGGGGCCCUGCACUCCGUGCUCGUGCACUCUUAG